UUCUCCCAGCCGGCCGUCCGCUCUCACCAUUGCAAAAAAGAGGAUGGCAGAGCCUCCCAUGUCAUGUGAUUGUUUUGUGUCCUUGCCCCCUGGCUCUCGCGAUGACCAUGUGAUUUUUGGGAAGAACUCCGACCGUCCCCGGGAUGAGGUGCAGGAGGUGUCCCACCACCCUGCGGCAUCUCACCCUCCAGGCUCCAUGCUGGAGUGCACGUUCAUCCAGAUCCCUCAGGUGGAGCAGACUCACGCUGUCAUCCUCAGCAAACCUGCCUGGAUGUGGGGCGCCGAAAUGGGAGCCAAUGACCAGGGAGUCUGUAUUGGGAAUGAGGCUGUCUGGACCCGAGAGCCCAUCGCUCCAGGAGAGGCUCUGCUGGGCAUGGACCUCGUCCGACUGGGGUUGGAGCGCGGUGACAGCGCCUGGGCGGCGCUGACAGUGAUCACCGGCCUCCUGGAGCAGCAUGGCCAGGGGGGACAGUGCAGGGAGGAUCCUGCGCCCUUCAGCUACCACAACACCUUCCUCCUCGUGGACCGCAACGAGGCCUGGGUCCUGGAAACCGCUGGGCGGCUGUGGGUGGCGCAGAAGGUCACGGAGGGCGUGAAGAACAUCUCCAAUCAGCUGACCAUCGGUGCGGAGGUCUCUGCAGAGCACCCGGAGCUGCGGAGCGUGGCCCAGGCUCAGGGCUGGUGGGACGGUGAGGGAGAGUUCAACUUCUCUCAGGUGUUCAGCCCCGAGAACCCGCCCGCCAGGAUGGAGCUGGCCAAGCAGCGCUACAAGGGAGGCACAGAGCUACUCCAGCAACAUGAUGGCUCAGUGACGGCAGAGGUGAUGAUGUCCAUUCUGCGGGACAAGCCCAGCGGCAUCUGCAUGGACUCUGGCGGUUUCUGCACCACAGGCAGCAUGGUGUCUGUCCUGCCCAGAGACACCAGCCUGCCCUGCAUCCACUUCUUCACUGCCACCCCGGACCCCUCCAGGUCUAUAUUCAAGCCUUUUAUCUUCACGGACUGUUCCACCCCAGUGCUGAGGGUGGUCUCCCCGCAGUUUGGCCCAGAGGACCCCGUCAGGAAGCAGCCUCGCUUUCAGAGCCAGGUGGACCGCAGACACGACCUGUACAAGGCCCACCAGGUGGCGCUCAGCAACAUGGAGACCAACCCGGACGAGGGCUUAGCCAUCCAUGAGAUUCUGAGGGAGCUGGAGUCGCAGUGUCUGAGCGAGAUUUCAGCCAUGCUGAAUGGAGAGAUACCAGGGGACGAACUGGGGGACUUGUUUUUUGAUUGUGUGGAUACAGAGAUUAAGUUCUACCAGUGAGGAGCGCCCUCAGGUGGACAUCCCCAGCUCUCGCACAGUUCGCAGGUGAAGGCCCUGGGACUGAAAAAAACUCUGUGUUCCUCGUCAGAUGGGCCUCCGCCUCACUCACACAACACACAUCCCUGACACCAUUCCAUCCUUAACACAGAAUAAAUGUCUAAACCACACCUGUGAUUGGAGCAUUUUAAUCAUCUGUCACCCAGGGAGCAAUGGCUGCACCUCAUUAGUGAGUAUAAUGAUGUAGACUACACAGGCGUCUAUGUAGAGCUGUGUGAAGUUGCACAAAUACUGUGAAUAUGGCAUUUGUUUAAAAUUUCGUCUGUUGUUGCAAAUGACUGGGUUGUCAUUUGAUGGCUACCUGUAGGGAAGGAUCUAAUAAAGAAUGUGCAUAGUGUGUCCUGAGUGUGUUGUGAGCUUUCUGGUUACCCAGGUGGUGUGGCUGUAGGUAUUGUGUGGAGUAUGCAUUAUUUUGUAUUUUGUGUGAUAAAAAAUGAAUUGCAAAUAUAGAAAUAAAUGGAUGCUACCUCCUUGACGUUAAAUGCAAAAUAAUAUACUGUAUUUGAGUGAUUACUAAUAAGUUACCAC